CUUUCUCUCUUGCAGAAGAUGUUACAAAAAAAAAAGCAGAACUUAUGACAGAGACAGCAGGAAGCUGACAUCCUAAGACGCGCUGCACAGAAGUCAUCUAGCAGUCAGCAGCUCAGCCAGACUACCAGCCACAAUCAUGAGAAAAGUUGUCCGCAGCAGUAAAUUCCGCCAUGUUUUUGGCCAACCUGUGAAAGCUGACCAGUGUUAUGAUGACAUCCGUGUCUCCCAGAAUACCUGGGACUCCAAUUUUUGUGCCGUCAACCCCAAAUUUCUGGCUAUUGUAGUGGAGGCGAGUGGAGGGGGCGCUUUUAUGGUGCUACCGCUCUCUAAGACAGGACGUCUUGAUAAGUCCCAACCAGUGGUGUGUGGUCACACAGCCCCUGUACUAGACAUUGACUGGUGUCCCCAUAAUGACAAUGUCAUCGCCAGUGGAUCGGAAGACUGCAGUGUUAUGGUAUGGGAAAUUCCAGAUGGAGGUCUGACCCGUUCCCUUACUGAGCCCAUAGUCACACUGGAGGGGCACACAAAGAGAGUUGGAAUUGUUUGUUGGCAUCCCACUGCCCAGAAUAUAUUGAUGACUGCAGGCUGUGAUAACGUCAUCCUUAUAUGGGAUGUGGGCUGUGGUCAGUCAGUUAUCUCUAUAGAUGAGAUGCACACAGACAUCAUAUACAGUGUUGCCUGGAACAAGGAUGGGAGCCUCAUCUGCACCUCCUGCAAGGACAAAACAAUCCGUAUCAUUGAACCAAGGAAAGGGACCAUUGUAGCAGAGAAAGAGAAGCCACAUGAGGGCAGUCGGCCAGUCCGAGCCAUCUUUGUUUCAGAUGGCAAGAUAUUGACCACCGGCUUCAGCAGGAUGAGUGAGAGACAAGUGGCCCUUUGGGAUCCGAAUUCAUUGGAUGAGCCUCUUACCCUACAAGAGCUGGACACUAGCAGUGGUGUCCUUAUACCUUUCUUUGACCCCGAUACUGGCAUAGUAUACCUAUGCGGGAAGGGGGACAGUAGUAUCCGGUACUUUGAGGUGACGGAUGAGACCCCCUAUGUGCACUAUCUGUCACUGUAUAGCAGUAAGGACUCUCAGCGUGGGAUGGGUUAUAUGCCCAAGCGAGGGCUGGAAGUGAACAAGUGUGAAAUUGCACGAUUCUACAAACUGCAUGAGAGGAAGUGUGAGCCAAUAAUUAUGACAGUCCCCAGAAAGUCCGACCUCUUCCAGGAGGAUCUGUACCCGGAUACUGUGGGGCCUGAUCCUGCUCUAACAGCAGAGGAGUGGUUAGCUGGGAAAAACGCUGACCCACUACUCAUCUCUUUAAAGGACGGGUAUGCUCCGAGCAAGAGUCGGGAACUCAAAGUAAAUAAGAGCAUCCUGAAUGUGCGGCCACCCAAACGCAGCCAUUCAUCCAACGAGGCAGGAGGGGCAAAGGACUCCGUUCUGGAGCAACUUAUGGAAGAGAUAAAACAGCUAAAAGCUACAGUAUCAGCACAAGAACAACGCAUUGCCCAGCUGGAAGAAAACGAAGCAAACUAGGAUGGAAGUAGGCCUUAACCCUUUAUCUACUGAGAAAUAAACCUGAGGUUGUUAACCACAUCACCUCUGGCCUCUGAGAUGGGUAAAGACUUUAUUGCCAAAACAGCAAAAUUCUCAGGAAGUAACACUCCGAUCAAAUCUUCACACCCUCAUUUUUAUAGCCCAUCACCUGCAAUGCCUAGUUAUAGAAUACGCUGCUGUCCUCUCUCUGGCAGCCAAGGAGUUGUGCCCUUUAACUGUCCUCUCUCUGGCAGCCAAGGAGUUGUGCCCUUUAACUGUCCUCUCUCUGGCAGCCAAGGGGUUGAGCCCUUUAACUGUCCUCUCUCUGGCAGCCAAGGGGUUGAGCCCUUUAACUGUGAGACAACAAAUGAGCUGCAUUACUGAGCAAGGGGCGUACAUGGCCGUAUCUGCUAAACCAUCUUCUGCCACAAAAGAUACUGCACUGACAUGAAAUAUGCCUUAUGGCAGAGGACAGAUUAGCAGAUGCAACCAUUGGCCUGUUUACUUAUCAUGCACAGGUUAUAUAAUACACACAAUAUUGCCAUGUUUUAUGCUAGACAUCAGAUCUUACCACAGCAAAUCUAACUUCAUUCUCUAUUUACAGUAAGUCGUGCAUUUAAAUAGUCGCUGCCAUAUUAAGUCUGGGGUAAAUGUCGGUUCAUAACCCAGCACACAAGUACAGCCCAGAUCUCUUCAAGGGCUAAUUAUGCUCCGGUUUUAAAAAUGGGAUCUCUUUCCGUCGGGCUACUACUAAUUGUGGUGUUUUACCUCUGAAGAGGUACCAGGAUUCAGUGUGGGGUGGCAAUAUCUGGGCAGAUGAGCUACCUAAUGCCAUGCAAAAUGUCCAAAAAUCUGAUGCCAAGGAAUAAGUAAAAAAAAAAAAAAAUUCCUAAUGUCAGUAAGGGCCACAUCACAUUCCAGAUGCAGUAACAAAAACCAUCAUUAAACUAUAUGAAGAAUUCCUUUUGGGCAGUUCCAUGUGAUCUAACCCUAAGACCUGUACUGUAUACGCUGGUCUAUAACGUAACAUAAGACAGACAUGAUUCAUGGCCACUGCGUCCUAUUAACUCCUUUGGUGCCAGAGAGGAAAGAAAGCAUUGCAGCCCUCCCCGUCAGGUGGGGGAAUAAAGUGUUUAUGGACCAUAAUUUAUCUCGUUAACCCUUUUCCAGGAAGCUGCAAACCAAAUGUUUUAUAUUUUAGUAGCCUCUGUACUUGUUGCAAUAAAAUAUAUAUUGUUGGCCAAAAA